CGCCGAGGAAGAAAAUACUCCGUAUGUUGGAAGAAUUUCAUGAUUAUCAAAAGUGUUCAACUUUAGGCAGUCAGUGUCAAAACCUUAUCAAAGCUGGCAGAACAUAACGUUAAUGUUACGUUUUUACCUGACAAACAGGAACUUGUUUCAUACGACCGCAGUCGAAAAUGUUAGAUGACAACACGCCUGCACAGGAAUCGGGUAAGCUAGCUUGUGGAGACGGAGAGAAGGAAGUGGCUUUGUGUGAGGCAAAUGAGCAGGGAUUUAAACCGGCGCCGGAGGUGAACAUGACGCCCUCCUCCAGGUUUCUGCAGGUUGAACUGGAGCUGAACGUCCACCUCCGUCGGCUCACCUUCAGCAACCCUGUCCGGUACAUCUACAACCCGCUGGAGUACGCCUGGGAAACACACCGCUGCUACGUGGAGAAGUAUUGCCAGACCGGACAAAGGAUCCUAUUUUUGGGGAUGAACCCAGGACCUUUCGGCAUGGCACAGACUGGGGUCCCCUUUGGUGAAGUGAAGUCAGUUGUUGAUUGGCUGAAGAUCACAGGGGAGGUCGGUCAUCCUCAGAACGAGCAUCCAAAGCGGCGGAUCACAGGACUCGCGUGUACUCAGAGUGAAGUUAGCGGUGCACGUUUUUGGGGCUUCUUCAGAAAGUUGUGUGGUGAACCAGCACUGUUCUUCCGCCACUGCUUUGUGCACAACCUUUGCCCACUGAUUUUCAUGAGCGAGAGUGGGAAGAAUUUGACUCCUCCUGAGUUGCUGGCAGCUGAGCGGGAGGCCCUUCUGGCCCUGUGUGAUAUUGCACUGUGCCAGGCGGUGCAGGCACUGGGCGUCUCCAUGGUGAUUGGAGUUGGGAAGGUUGCAGAGCAGCGGGCACGGCGAGCGCUCUCUGCUGCAGAUGUCAAUGUGCGAGUUGAGGGCAUCAUGCAUCCGUCGCCUAGGAACCCACUAGCCAAUAAGGGCUGGGAGGAAGUAGCCAAAGCCAAACUGGUAGAACUGGAUGUCAUGUCGCUACUGAGCAACCCAUGAGCUAAUCUCACAUCAGUAAGUGUGUCUGUGUCUGAGCAAACGUUUCCACCUUCGCUGACAAUCGCAGCAAACAGCUCCAAGAAGAGCUUGUACACAAAUGCUGUAAACACAUCUGCUCAGCUGCUGUAUUUUUUAUUCUGCUGUAAACAUCUGUCUGUUUUCAUUUGGAGAUGGUUUUCUAUAUAGAUCAGUGGAUGGAGCAUGGCACUAGGUUAAGGUCAAUUUAUUCUAAAAGUAUUAUUACACUACUCUAACUUUAAGGUGCUUCAUAUCUAAAGAAUAAGCUCUGGGUGUUUUUGUCAAACAAUACUGUAAAACAGUAUUUUAAAAAAAGGCCUAUACUUAAAAUGUGUAUGUAAGUACGUUCAGCCUUGUCACAGUCAUAUUAGCUGGUAAAUUUGUCAUUUGAUUCUCAUAUGAAAUAACAAUUUUAGUUAAUUACUACAACUGACUGUGACAUUUGAUUGGUAUAGAAAAGACUUGUAAAGAAACAACCUGUAAACAUUACAAAGUCUAUUUUGUAAACAUACAGUUGUACAUAUUGUUGAUGCUGGACUACUGCAGAGGACUAUUCUUUUGUAUUCUUUUUCAAACAUUCUUUUUAAUUGUCAUUUGUUUUGAUAAUGUUUUAUUCAUUUACACACUUUAUUUUUUCUAGAAUUUUACCAAUCCUGUUUAU